CCAACCUUUUCCCGAGCACAGUGGUCAGCUGGUCUUGACUCUUGGGAGUUCGUCCGAAUGAUACACCGUGCGGGACUUGCAAUGUGAUGCGUGACCUCUGUACGUCACUGGACUGCUUCUUCUCAUUUCUCUCUCUCUCACAAGGUGGUUCCUUUGUGCCGUCCGAAGUACCGCUGCGUUAAUGGCCCCACGUAAGAAUAUUUUCCGACCUAUAAGUAUAAAUGCAAACCCAUCAGACGUUCCCCGUCCGCGACGGAUUCCUUCUCUCAGGUCCACUUUCAUGUUCUCCUUGCUAUUCGGUGCCCUGUAUGCCCUAGCGCCUACAGUCUGGGCAGAGGUUUCCUCUAACAUUCAGCUGGCUGCGCUAGGAAAUAAACUCACUUCUAAUGGCACCGCGACGCCUUAUUCGAUGAAUGUCACGGAUUGCCCAGGGUACACUCUAGGGUCGUUUGAAGAGUCUGACAUUGGUCUCACUGCUCGGCUCACACUCGCUGGACCAGCAUGCAAUGCAUUUGGAUUAGAUAUAUCAGACCUCACCAUCGAAGUCACUUACCAGUCGCAGUCCACUUUACACGUCAAGAUCUAUGACACUGCCAACCAACAGUUUACAAUCCCCGAGUCGGUGAUCGAACGACCUGCUGCACCAACGACAUCCUAUACAGGCAGCUCUGACCUCAUAUUCAACUAUGAUGCAAUGCCUUUCGCAUUUUGGAUUACGAGACGCUCUGACCCGGACGCAAUGCCAUUGUUUGACACGAGAAUUUCAUCACUUCCACCCACUCCCAUUCCACCAUUCAAUACAUCUGACUCAAGCACGGCAUUCGAUGGCUUCCCUCUUGUAUUCGAAGAUCAAUACCUCCAGGUUGCUUCGGCUCUGCCGUAUGGCACCAACAUCUACGGAUUAGGUGAAGUCAUAGCCAGCAGUGGAUUUAGACGCGACAUUGGAACAGACGGGGGUGUCGGCACCAUCCAGACGCACUGGGCUCGCGACGUUGCAGAUCCCAUUGAUCAGAACAUGUAUGGCUCCCAUCCAAUCUACGUCGAACAUAGGUACAAUGCGACCACCGGAAAGGCCUCUUCCUCUGGUGUCCUUUUACUUAGCUCCGCAGGUUCGGAUAUCUUCCUGCAGACGCCCUCGAACUCCAAGGUAUCAUUGAUCGAGUACCGUAUGAUCGGUGGCAUCCUCGACUUUUACUUCUUCUCUGGUUCCACGGAUGCAGAAGUCAUCGCUCAGUACGGGUCAGUCAUCGGGUACCCAAUGUGGCAGCCAGCGUGGGGAUUCGGAUUCCACCUUUGCAGAUGGGGGUACCACAAUAUCAGUGAUGACAGAGAAAACGUCGCGCAGAUGCGUGCGGCGGGUAUCCCCCUGGAAGUCCAAUGGAACGAUAUCGACUUGUACCACGCUUACCGUGACUUCACUACAGACCCAGUUAGUUUCCCUGGAGAUGAACUUCGUGAGUUCAUCCAAGAGUUGGCCGCCAAUCAUCAACAUUAUAUCCCUAUUGUCGAUGCCGGUAUCGCUGUGACGUACGAUCCUUUCACACGGGGAGUUGAAGAAGAUGUCUGGAUCAAGAACCCAGAUGGAUCUCUGUACAUGGGUCAAGUCUGGCCUGGGUACACUGUCUACCCGGAUUGGUUCAGUGAAAAUAUGCUCUCUGUAUGGACUGACAGUCUCAAAAACUGGACGGACAUGGGUGUGGAGUUCUCUGGUAUCUGGCUCGACAUGAACGAACCAAGCUCAUUCUGUAGCGACUCCUGUGGGACUGGCGCGAACUUCUCUGCCCUUGCUCCCUUGAGCGUUGCCGGCACGGUCGUUACCGGAUAUCCUGAAUGCUACAAUGAGACAAUAUGGGGACCUAGUGGGAACAUGACUAUCAAUGGAACUGCUACACAUUCAUGCGCAGCAAGCUCGAGCGCUAUGACCGUGAUAGACAAGCGGGGUGUCGGUGCAGGUGGCGAACAAGGCGUCAAUCUCAACAGUCCACCAUAUGCCAUUCAUAAUGCGAUCGGAGCUCUUAACCGCAACACCCUGGCGACCAACGCGACCCACUACGGCGGAUAUGUCGAGCUCGAUGUGCACAACAUGUUUGGAUUCAUGGAGGCAAAGACGACCAACCUUGCUGUUCAAUCGAUCCUGCCCGGAAAGCGUCCGUUCUUGAUCGGCAGAUCGACGUUCCCUUCUGCUGGAAAAUGGACUGGUCAUUGGCUUGGCGACAACUACAGCAAGUGGCAGUACAUGUACCUCAACAUUCAGGGAGUGUUGCAGUUCCAGAUCUAUCAAAUUCCGAUGGUGGGCGCUGAUACCUGUGGAUUUAACGAUAAUACCGACGAGGAGUUGUGCAAUCGUUGGAUGCAGCUCUCAGCCUUCGUUCCCUUCUAUAGGAACCACAAUACCUAUGCUGCUCUUCCCCAAGAGCCUUAUCGCUGGCCAAGCGUAGCAAACGCAUCCCGCAUCGCCAUUGCUGCUAGGUACGCCCUGCUGCCGUACUGGUAUACGCUCUUUGCGAAUGCCUCAAUGGCUGGUCUCCCGCCUGUCAGAGCGCUAUUCUACGAGUUCCCUGAUGAGCCCGAAUUGUUCACUGUGGAUCGGCAAUGGCUAGUUGGAAGCGACGUCCUCGUGACUCCAGUGCUUACUCCGGGAGCUACCACCGUCGAUGGUAUCUUCCCUGGACGCGGUAGCGUAAUCUGGCGCGACUGGUACACUCACGCCGUCGUAAACGCUACGUCCGGAGGCAAUACAACACUAGACGCUCCCAUCAGCCACAUCAAUGUUCACAUCCGCGACAACUCUGCUCUGUUGUUGCACCAAGAGCCCGGGUACACGAUCUACGAGACUCGCGAAGGUCCCUAUGCCCUCCUCAUUUCCCUCAAUGCAGCAGGCACGGCAUUUGGCACUGCGUAUGUGGACGAUGGCAUCAGUUUCCCCCCUGGGCCAAGCAGCAGCCUCACGUUCCAGGUUGCUGAAGGCACGCUCAAGGUCGAGAGCGAGGGUGAAUAUGUGAUUCAGCAAAAGUUAGAGACGAUUACAGUGCUUGGCGUGCAGAAGCCAACACAGGUCACGUUCCAAGGAUCGCCGUGUGAAGGGUGGACUUAUGAGAAGGCUACCGAAGAGCUGGUGGUGUUGAAUGCGUCUAUCGACCUUAAUAGACAGUUUACUUUAGCGUGGAAGUAG